UGACAGCUGAUCGUGAGUCUCAGAAUACCGCGGAAGAUUUCGUGUGUUGUUCGAGUUGUUGAUGAUGGCUUCUCUAGAAAGACUUAUUAGAGCCCUUGAACUAUUGCAGAUUGCAGAAAAUUCAAAUUCAGAUAACCAUGUAAAGAAAAAAGAACUGAGAACACAUCUGCAAAACAUUGUUGAAUUUAACAAUAGUCUUAACGUUCAAAACCACAAAGAUUUUGUCUCGUACAUCGGUCCGAGUAUUGAUUCCCUCAUUAGACUGUGUGAUUCCAAGGAUUCUGACAUUCGACUAGCAAGUGAUGAAGGAUUGUAUAAAGUCAUCAAGGCACUUCUUCCAUUGCAUAGUAACAGGAUUCUAGUAGAAUUAUGCAAACAGAUAAAAAAAAGUGAAUCUCCUCGUAUAUUGAAGUUGUCUAUGACUAGAUUUGCCGAACUUUGCCAUCUAGCUCGGCCUCAGAAAAGACGUGCAUACAUAGCAAAUCUUUUUAACGCCAUAUCAACAAUUGCCAAUCGCAAGGAAGAGAUGCUUCAUGAAAGUUUGUCCAAUUUUGUUUGCAAAGUCUUUAAUGUUAUGGGAAUAUUUGCUUAUGAAAAUGAAACAAAGAUUCUGUUAAAGGGAUUUCUAGCAAAUUUAUCUUCUAGUUCUUCUAUUAUAAGAAGAUGUGCUGCCAAUGCCAUCACAGUAAUAAUAUCUACAAACAGAAAAAGUGAUAUUUUGUUGGCACUGGUUGUGGAAUAUUUAACAGAUCAAAUCCUUUUGCCUGACGAUAUUUCCAUGACAGAUACACCAGUGAUUAUAGGAACUUUGCUAACUCUAAAAUUGCUUCUUCCUCUCUUUCAAUUAUCAUCUAAUCAAACAAAUGCAAAUUUGAAUACUAAACACCUCUCAGUUAGUCUUCCUAAAAUCACUACCAGCUUGAACGCCGUGGCUUUAGAACGUAUUGUUCAGAUAUUUGAGCUUGGAGUUCACUAUUCUUUUUCUUCGGAUCACAAUGUUGUUAACGCAGCGUUAGAACUCCUACAACAAUUGCUGAAGAUGCGGUCCCUUAUCCUAGCGAUUCCCUCCCUAAAAAGUGUAAAUGGAUUACAAGGGACUCGAAUUUCUCUAAGAGGAUUAUCCAAAGAAAACAGUCAGUGGAACUUGACUGCGCUUCCAUUUGCGGAAGAGUCUCUUCUCUUGGAGGCGGAAGUUCAUCUGGGCGAAUUCGAAAAGACGAGCAUGGAUUCAACUGAAAGUGACGUAGAAAUUGCAGAAGAUUCGAUUGUUGCACUUUCAGUCGACGAAAGAGAAGAUUUUUCAAAAAGUUUGACUUUAAACGAAACCGAUGUAUUGGCUUCAGAGAAAGAACUGGAAGAAACUGAUGUUGAGCCAGAAAAUUGUGACAGCAUUGAUGCCCCACAGGCGAUCGACAUAGGAACGCUGUAUGAUAAAACAGUGUCCCCCCUUCUUUACUGCGCCCGCCAUUUAUCUUACAGUUUCUUGCUUUCCGAAAGAAAAGGCCAAAUCAAGUCGGAUCGAUCUGUUCGUGUUUCAGUAAAAAGUCUAGCCCUCAAUUGCUUGGCGCACAUUGGAUCACUGGAGCCUCUCAUUUGGAAUUCGCACUUAUCAGACACAGAUGGGAAAAUCGCGAUAAUUGAUGUUCUCCAGUAUAGCACACACGAUGACCCACAAUUAAGAGGGCAAGUGGCUCUGCUGGCGUGCAUGGUGCUCAGCAAUGUAAUUGGUGGAUUUGAUUUAACCAGCGUUGAAAAAAGAACCCUCGUUCGCAUCAUUGAUGAAACUCUAAUUGAUAAAGAGACAGCUGCUUCUCGCCUUGCUCUUCAAGGUCUACAGCACUUCCUACCUAUGGCCUUAGAAGGCCCAUUUUGCGUGGAAACUGUACCGCUUUUACGUUCAUUGUUAAAACUCGCGGAAAAUCCUUAUUGGCUGGUAAGAGUAGAUCUCUUAGAAGUGUUUGGUUCAUUUUCCUGGACAGCCUUGGAAUUUGGGCUCCAGAAUCAAACAAAUUUCAAAUUGCCGAAGUUCCAAGAGUGUUUCCUAAAUAAAGUUUUAUUUACAAUGAUCGGCGACGAAGAUCAUCGAGUCCGAAGCGCGGUAGCAAAUUGUCUUACUUGCUUGAUGGAGUCAUGGACUGUAGGAAGAAGUCCUUCAAAUAUUACUCGCGCUAAAUGGUUGGCAUCUGUCAGUGGUUCAACUCCACAAAAACUGCAUGUAAAGACUUUUGCUGGUGUCCCCCUAUCUAUCAAUGGAUUGGCAGAAGCCUAUUGGGAUGUUUCGUUGAACCAGAACGUCUCUGUCAACUUAGCUUAUUUUGUCGAUGAGAUAUUUCAACUACUUGUUUCUUCCAAUUCAAAGUUUGUCAAGAUGGGCUGCCUGCAAAGUUUGUCUACCUUGAGCUGUUCUUAUCCUCCCGCUACGUACUUGGAAGUUUACGGCUGUAGCUCAAAAGGAACUUGCAGUCUCUUGAAAGUAUGCAUGGCACUCCUGACAAACUCUACGUUGAUGUUGGAUCUAGUAACACACCAGACCCUAAUCACACUUGCCACUCAGCUCUUUGCAGGAUGUGUGAAAGCAGGUUUAAACGAACCCCAAUUAGAGAAAGAUUUUAAAGAUUGGCGUUUUCUAAAGGGCCCUUCGUCCGCUACGGCGUCUUGCCUAUUGGGUCAUGCUACCCGUAUAUUAAAUGCAUUCUGCUGUGUUCUUGAUGAUGUCAAUCCAUUACUGGUUUCAAUUAAAGUACCUUUGGUGACGCUUCCAAACCCGUCCGCGCUAAGUCCAAUCCGUCGCAAACUUCGAAGCACUGAAAGUCUAAUAUCAGAUAAAGAAGAUAAGUCAGAUGAGUCCGGCCGUAAGAACAAACCACAUUUGCUUAAUCCAAGUAAUGUCGGGUUUUUUGCUGCUCAACCUCUCUACGUGAAACUUUACGAUUUACUGAAGAGUACGCACGCCACUUGCAAACUGAAUUUUGAUACGAUUACCUCGGAACGCUUGUCGAAUUUUAUCCAAUCUACUUUGGAAUUGCUAGCCGCUCUAAUUGAAGUUUCCAUUUUCCAAGAUAUUGGAAAACACAGCGAGGAGAUUCUCAAUUAUUUACGCAUCAUUAUUACAGCUGAACCAGUCUACUGUUUGCGCAACGUUCAACAGUUACUUAAAGCGCUUUUUGGAGCCAAUUUAGCAGCUGUCUGGUUUGACGAAGCAGCCCGAUUUAAAAGAAGCGCAAUUUCUUCAAGUUUGCAAGCAACAGUGAAAUGUGACGAGAGCAUUUACUCGAGUUGUGGAUUAGAUGAAUUAUUGUAUAACAGUGCUGGACGUCAAAUGAAUUUCAACCGAAACAAUGAAAGGCAAAAUCUGAUAACCAAAUUUCGACCUUCUAUAAACAAAAUUGGCCCUGAUAAAACUGCCUUGACUUCUUAUAUUCGCUUAUUUGAGCCGAUGGUCAUCAAGGCCUUGAAGUUGUACACCGUCACAAGCUGUCCACUAGUUCAAAAGCAAGUUUUGGAUCUUCUUUGCGAAUUGAUCCAUCUUAGCGUCAACUACUGCCUUCUCGAUGCCGACCAGGUUUUUCUCAAUUUUGUCAUCCAACAGUUUGAGUUUCUAGAAGAAGGUUUCAUACCGCAAGUCGAAACUCUGUUGCCCUCCAUGUUUCGAUUUUUGUCACUAUUAUCGUAUGAUCGCUUCCAUUCAAAAACUAUUAUUUCUGUCCCACGCAUUAUGCAGCUUGCUGGUGGAUUGAUGGCUACUGGAAAGGAUGCUGAACUGCACGUGCUUCCCACAUUGCAACCGAUGGUCGAAGAUUUGUUUCUUUCAAGAGAAAGAAUGAGUGAUAACUUUAAGGAACUUGAAACUCAGAAAGAAGUCCUUAUAAAUUUACUCAUUCGGUUAAUUCAGUAUCACAAGGUUUACCCUUUGAUAACUGCUGUAUUACUUCAAGUGCAGUUUGAAAAUGCGAACAAAUGGAAAUCCCUCUCGAAGCAAAUUUGUGAUGCACUCAUCCCGCAACUCAAUAGGCAUUCGCUAUUUUUGGAUUCAGACGAAGCCCUCCAAAUGCUUCAAAAGCUGAUUUCUCAUAUGGAUCCACCUGUUGUGCAUGAGUCUCUACUAGGGCUUUUGCAGACAUUUACCCCUAAGCAAUCGGAGGAUUUCAAUACUUCAGCAGCUAUGAACUACCAUCGUGUAUUGGCCUGCCGUUUAACGGUUUUCAAAACCUUGAUUGCUGUUUUUGAUGAAGCUUUCUUGUUGGACUGUUUAAAUGAAUUUAACCUAAGUUAUUUGGUCAAUCAGAGAAGUGACCCGUUAAAUGUAACGCCUACAGAGAAUUCACCGCCUGAACACAUCUUGUCAUGUUUGCUGGUUGACACUAUUAAGUUAGCUCUAAGUCAUUGGAAAAGUAAAGUGGUUGUUGAUAAUUGUGGCUCUACCUCCAUAUCGUGGAGAAUUGAUGGUUUCUCAUUUUCCGUCCAUUUAGUACUGGACUUGAUUGCCUUGUGUCGUCGCUUAUUAAACUCAAAUGAUUUCCCAGUGCUGCAGACCGCCAUUCUUGCAGAAUUGGCGCGUGACGAGUGUAAGUCUCCUAUAUUUCAAGUAGCAAGGGAAUUGAUUCCCAAUAAUCCGAUAGUUUUUGUGCGGAUUUGCGCUUUGUUAUUGUCGGAAAAUUAUCACAUCCAAUCCGAAAAUAUUGCUUCUUUUGGUGGACUUAACGGAAGUAUUGCGCAAGAAGGACUUUUUCUAUUGCUCUCCGGUGUGGUGCCUAAAGAAGAAAAAAAAAUCUUGAAGUUCGUUAGCUUGUAUGCAGACCAAAUCUUAAAUCACUUCAAUGAAACACCUGUGAAGAAGUUUUAUGGAAGCCUUAUUCAUAAUGAUGAGAAAUACAUCAAACCACUUGUGAAGUGUGUGCUAGCGAAAGGCCAAGAUUUAUUGCAGAUAUCCUCGGCCAUGGCUCUUUUGAAUAUAAUAGAGAAUGUCGAGCUUGCGAAUUCGGAAGCGAUUCUUUUACAUAUCAUUUCCAGUUUUCAGACAAUUUGCAGUGGCAUUGUGCACAGAAGAAUGUGCAAACUUGUUCUGAACGCAAAUUUCACUUCUUCUGAAUCUAAGCUUCGUUGUUUGGAAAAUGUACAAAAAAUCGUUCUUCAGUCAGCUAAUCAAAGAUGGUAUUCCGAGAUCACAGCAGUUCCAAGCGCUACCUUUGAAAAUAGGUCUAGCAUGUUGCGAGAUAUCGACAAGGCGUUUGUGCUGGAUUUUGCGUUGAAAAGGGAGUUAGAACCUUUAAUGUGGAGAGAAAUCGUCGCUCAGACAAACACAGACGACUUUCCGUUAUUGUGCAGCAAUCAUAGUUUUCUUUUAUAUGUCCUUGGAAGUCGAAUAUUGAAAUCUGAUGCUUUUUACCAUGCCAAGGCAUACCUUUUAAAUAUGGUUACCACCGAAGCCUUCGACAACUCUAAGAUUCUGUCAAUCGCUCAUAUUCUCAGUGCAUUGUGCAAAUCCAUCUCACCAUCGGAGGUCAACGAUAUUUUCACUGCAUCCGAAAUCACCAUAUUGGCUAAAACACCGCUUACCUUAAUUGGUGCGAUGGAUUCGCUUUCCCAUUCGUUAGUUCUUCUACAGGCGUCCUCUGAGAUUGUUUCCAUAUUUGGGCGUGAACUUGCAAUUGAAUGGACAGACAAAGAGAAUCUACCGGCAGUUUACAAGGCAAUCCAUUGUUUGGAGUCUCUUUGCAUUCGGAUAAGAAACAAUGCAACUCUAGAACAACCAACUAUUACCGGCCUGGAGCAAAUGAUUUGUCCUGAUCCAAACUUUGUUUCAAGUGCGAAACAAUUAAACCGAAUACUUAGAUUUAUCGAACAAGAAUCAAACAUUCCAGGAAUACUUCAUCAAGACUUACUGUCGACUGUUACUGUGUUUUGUCGAAUGCCACUCUUCUAUUCCUAUAUUUGCAUUCCGCCAUCCACUUGGAGCAAAGGCUGGAAUCCUGAGCUAAAUUUGGAUGUCGAACAUAUCACAUUGGAUCUACCAAUAAUCCCUUCACAUUUUCUGCAUGAUGAAGUUGUUUUAAAAGAAUUCGUUUUCCGAAUCGAGCGAAUUAGCUGGAUUACCAAAAAGAAAUUUGAAGAAAUUUGGAUGACUUUUCUUGGCAUUUUGAACUUACACAAUGAGGAUCAAGUGAGACCCGAAGAACAAGCAAGCGUCAUCCAGGCUACAUGUGAAGCUGUGCGAGCUCUUACAAUGGUGCUUCAAAAAAAUCUACCAUUUAAGACGCCAAGAUGUGUGAAAAAUAAUGAACUAGACAAGCCUCCUGAGUUCACGUCAACUGAAAGGGGCAAGAAGCUGAAAGAACUCUGCAAUUUGCUAGAAGAAGAUUACACGAUAUCAUCUUCCUGCAGUUAUUGGCUCAAUCGUCACUCCUUCAGACACAUUCAAUAUAAUAUUGAUCAAGGUUCACCAUCCAAAAAGAAGGCUACUAGUCCAGAAGAUGUUACAGAUAUAGAUAUCCAAUCCUGUGUUCGCUUCUUAGUGGAUCUCUACUCACAGUGGCUUCAGAAUUCGAAUACGCCGUACCCGCUGCUAGUGGACUUGUUUCAAUCCCUAGUGCACAUAUCAAACUUCUUUGUCGAUGUUCAACAGUUUGAGUGGAUGCUGGAUAACUCCUUAACCUUACAUAGGCAACUUCUUCCUGAUGAUCCUGCGAGCUUAGAGUCCGCUUUAGUAGGGUGCAUCUUGAAAUCUGCUUCUUUUAUACCCAUGAAUAUGGAAUACUGGGAAUUAGUAAAAAAGCACUGUGAAACCGCAUUGAAUUCCCAGCAUAUUUCCACGCGAACUAGUGGAUUAAAUGGUCUUUUGUAUCUACUUCAAAAGUUUGCCAGAAAUCCAGAUCUUGCUCGUACAGGCACUCUCGUCAACCUGGCUAUGGAUUAUGUCGGCAAAUGUCUCAGCCCUGAACACAAUGGUCCGACCUGGCAUCAGUCCUUCGUUUGGUCAAUAGCGUUCUAUUGCGGCGAACAUUUUGCAGUAUUGCCCUAUCAGAAUUAUGCUGUCGUCGAUUUUGUUGUUCAGUGCGCUCUUAGUAGGCUUGUGCAAAAUGAACAACAAUCAAACGAGAUCCCAAAAGAAAUUUUACAGGGAUUAGAACGGCUGAGCAUUCUAGGCGUAUUGACUCCGACUUGGCGAACGAAAGUUAAAAAAGAGGUUCUCAAUUUAAUACGCAAUGUUGAUUGUGAUUGGAUUCUACAGCCAGCACUACGAACUCUGCUGUCAUUAGUCUAUUCAGAUUUUGGUAGCCAAUUGUAUAAACCUGGAGCAGAUCCUGAAACGAUGCUCGCCGCUAUGGAAUGGGUGGGCGCCCUGUUCCAACGAAUGAAGCGCGGAACAGAUCUAGAGGCGGAGCUUUUGGGGCGAAUUAUGCCCGUCAUAACCUGUGAUAUUUUCCCACCAGCAGACAUCUUGAAUCGUAUUUUAAGUGAAUUUAUAACGGCAAGACCCACAGUUGCCUGUUGUUUAACUCCAACCAUUUUCAAAGUUUUUGGAACGGCACGUACUCAAGGACAACAAAGUUUAGUCAUGGAGUGGAUUCUCUUAAGCCUCAGCAAUUUUACCAGGACGCCUAGCGACACAGCGAAUGAUUCGAUCUGGAAUAUUUUAUGUUUUUUCACCGCAGCCUCCAACAACCCAUGGUUGCAGUCAGUGUUUCCUCUCAUAAACCGCCCGGUAAAUCAUAACGAUUCUUUAGUGGAAGACGUAUUUGUUGCAUCUGCGCUGGAUUUCAACUCUCAGCUUGAUGAUCAACAGCGAUCCACAUUAGUUUCUAUCUUUUAUUCUGCGAGAGAAAAAAGUUCAUUUUUUGCCGCUGUUGAUGUUGCCCUAAAACGCUUGUGAUUCCCAUUGGGGAUGCUAAUAUUGAGUCUCGUGUUUUCAAAACACGCAUAAAAUAUGAACGAAUGAAUCACCCGAUUAAAUUGCAUAGUUACUUAGAUGUAUCCUCCUGUCCUUAAAAGUUACGCUAUAUUCUAAUAUUCUAUAUUGUUGCAAUGAAAUUUUCAGUUCCUAUAUUCAUCUAAAUUUAAUGUUUUCCCCCUUAUAGAUGGUAUAAAAAUUAUUAUUUGUGUUACA